UCGUUUGCAGACGUGGGCCCGCCGGACCGCCAUCCCCUUUCAUCAGUCCUCCAGUCCCCACUCCUCUUCACACUCGCUCACUCACUCACACUUCGCCUUCUUUCCCCAUCCCCAGGCGGCGGCGGCGGCGGCCCCCUCGUUCCCACUCUCACAGCAUCCGGGCUCCAGAGCGGAGAGACGCUAGAGCGAGCGAGAGAUGGGGGAGACGAGGAGCUGGAGCUCUCUGCUGGUGCACAUUCUGGUGAUCGCCCUCUGCCUCACCGCCUUCGGCUUCGCCAUCGCCGCCGAGCGCCGCCGCAGCACGGGUUCGAUAGUCACAGACAUCAACAACUCCACAUAUUGCACUUAUGACUCCGAUAUUUCCACCGGCUAUGGUGUCGGCGCCUUCCUGUUUCUCCUCUCGGGCCAAUCACUCCUUAUGGGAGUUACAAAGUGCAUGUGCUUUGGCCAACCGCUCGCACCCGGUGGAAGCAGAGCCUGGUCCAUUAUCUACUUUGUUUCUUCAUGGAUCACAUUCAUAAUCGCCGAGUCCUGCCUGAUCGCCGGAGCGACAAAGAACGCGUACCACACCAAGUACAGGCACAUGAUAUACGCGGGGAGCUGGACCUGCGACUCUCUGCGGAAAGGGGUGUUCAUCUCGGGGGCGGUCUUUGUGGUGCUCACCAUGACCCUGAACGUGUACUUCUACAUGUACUACACGAAAUCGACGCGCCAGGCCGCCAAAAAGACCAACAAGGCCACCGCCAACGUCGGCAUGGCUGGCUACGCAUGACGAGGGAGAAGGACUCUGGUUUGAUGGAACUUGCUUGUGUGCUAGAUUUAGAUAGAUAUUUCUGGAACAGAACGUACUAGUUUCUGGAAAAUGUAGCGUGUGGUAUGGCUCUCUAUGAUCAGAUCAGAUGUGUUUGUUCAGGCCUAGUUCUCGUCUUGCCUGAUCUACAGAAUAUUUGAUGUCUAAGACAGCGGCAUUGUGAUACUCCUA